AAUAUAAAAUGACAAUAAUUUGGUACAAGAAAAACUCUAAAAAAACAUAUAAAAGGGAAGAGGGAGUAUAUUAUCAUUGGCGUGCGUAUAAAUUAAGGCGCGGAAUGUUGGCCGCUUUAUAAUCAUGCAUUCCUAGGUUUAAUCAUUAUUUACUGGCUAGCAUCUGUAUUAUUGUAUUGACACACUGUACCUCAAUUCCAGUGAAAGAAAAGCAUAUUGGAUUUAUUUUCCCCUUGAUGAAAUGAUCUUCCUUCAGCCCCCUCCCUCUCCAUCUCACUCAAUCUAUUGCUCUCAAUUCCCAAUUAGGGAUUUUCACCAAUUGAAUUGAAGUCUGUUUCUCCGUGUGUGCAUAACUGAAAAAAGCCAAAAAAAAAAAGAAAAAGAAAAAGAAAAGAAAAAUCCCAAACCAAUUGAUAAAGAUGUUAUCUAGAAUUAUGGGGCGGAAGAAGAAGACGGGGACAGUUCCGGUAUACCUUAAUGUAUACGAUCUCACCCCAAUCAACGGCUAUGCUUAUUGGCUUGGCCUCGGCAUCUAUCACUCCGGUGUUCAAGUUCAUGGGAUUGAGUACGCAUUCGGUGCUCAUGAACAUUCGGCAACUGGGAUAUUUGAGGUAGAACCAAAGCAUUGUCCUGGAUUCACAUUUAGAAAAUCAAUCUUGAUUGGAAGAUCAGAUCUGGGUCUGAAUGAGGUCAGUGAGUUCAUGGAGAAACUAGCAGAAGAAUACUCUGGAAAUACCUACAAUCUCAUUACCAGGAAUUGCAACCAUUUCUGCAACGACGUAUGUCUUCGCUUGACCGGCAAACCAAUUCCAAGAUGGGUGAAUAGGCUUGCUCGACUUGGUUUGUUCUGCAAUUGUGUUCUCCCGGCCGGUUUGAACGAGACAAAGGUUCGACAUGUUAGAGCUGAAGACAACAAGACUGCUGAGAAGAAAAGGUUAACAAGUCAUUCGAGUAGAUCUAUGUCUGCUUCAAAUCUGCAACAUAUUUCAACAAGAGACCGUAGACAACAAAAAAGCCGACAUUCCUCAUCUUUGCAAUCCUCUUCUUAACCAUUAAAUAUAGUUACGCAGGUGUUUUUAUUUAUAUAACUAAACAGAUAAUUGGUGUAGUGCAUUUUAUUUACACACGCAUGUAUAUUUGGGCGUAUGAGUUCAUGUUAUUGAAAUCUGUUUUACGGUGUAGUGCAUUUUAUUUAAUGUGUAUUGUGGUG